UCUAACUCUAACUCAUUACACAUUUCGUUCACUCUUCAAUAUUCAAGCUAUGGUCUCCUUUCACAAAGCGCUCGCCCAAACCCCAAUAACUCAAGUUCCUGCACAAUUUGAAUCUCCACCAAGGAAGAGAAAGUUGGAAGAGGAGACACUCACUGAAGAAUUCUUCAAGCAUGAUCCAACGGAUGCAGAGAAGAGAAAAUCCAUCUUUGAUAUAGAGCUGCACCUCGAGACACCAUUACCUUCACAUAAAUUGCAACAAUACCUCACUAUUCAGUCAGGGCAGAUACACUUGUGCAACACGAUGAUGAACUUGAAAACACCAUACUCAGAGAGAAACCCUGAUACUGAAGCACCAUCUCUUGGUCAAAUGAGCCUGGACCUUGAGCUGAACUUGACGUGUGAGUCACUGAAGAAAAACGAAGGCAGUUAUGACAUGAAGGAGAAGAAGAAGCAUGGUCUGUUGAUUGAAUCGAGCAAUUGUGAAAAGGAUGAUUCGUGUGUUUUAACAAGACCUCCAUCGUGGCUAUCAUCAGAGGGAGAUCACAAAGAGAUGAUUGCAACGGUUUGUAUGAGGUGUCACAUGUUGGUAAUGCUGUGCAAGUCAUCUCCUGCUUGUCCUAACUGCAAAUUCAUGCAUCCACCGGAUCAGAACCCUUCAAAGUUCUUGAAGAGAAAGAAGGUGCAGCCUCUGUUGUGUUAAUUAAUGAGAAAAUUGAAGACAUGGGUUUGAUUGAAAAUUAUCUGCUUUAUGUAGCAUGGCAUGGCCCAAGCUUGUAUUAUCUUUUAAUUCCCCCUUGAAUAUAUGGUCCAGGUUUCUUUACAGUUUAGCUAUGUGUUAAAAUCAAGGAGUGGACGAGUGGUAUUUAACCUAUAGACCUCUACGUAGUGGUAAAUUUAACUGUUAGGAUGUGUAAUGGGUGACUGAUAAGAAACUAACCUAAACCUAGUGUAUCAUAAUCAUAUCUAUGUACAAAUAAGAGUACGUGUCCUUGAUCUUCCUAAAUUUAUGUAUUCUGUUAUAAAUAUAAUAGUAGGAUUUAGCUAGGUAGGUUCUUUAAGGAUUUGAGAUUAAGCAAGACCAUUUUUGUCUGAAGGGCACUUAGCUCUCCCAAACAGCAUGGUUCUUCAAGUUGUAACAAACGUUUCUAUGUAUUUUCAUUUUCUUUUCCAGUAACGAGAGUGGAUUUUUCUACA